AACACGCCCCUUUCCUAAUGCAAUCCAAAGGCCAUUAUUCCACUUGACCUACCAUCUCCCAAUCCUGACCGUUCAAUCCAAAACCAGUUCACUCAUCCCUUUCCAUUCUUUAUGGCAAUGAAGCAAUGCUUAUAAAACCCAAUUUUCUUGGGAUUGUUUGGGAUUUUCUCGGGAACCAAACACAAAACAAAGAAAGAAUGGUAAUCCCGACAUGGCUCGAAUCUUUACUGUCCACGCCGUUUUUCUAUGUGUGUCCUUUGCAUAAAGACGCUCCGAGAAGUGAAUGCAAUAUGUUUUGCCUCGAUUGUCAUCAUCGCUCGUUCUGCUUCUAUUGCCGAUCCGACCUACACCACGAUCACCAUGUUAUUCAGAUUCGGAGAUCGUCGUACCAUGAUGUGGUAAGAGUAGCAGAGAUCGAGAAAGUUUUGGAUAUAAGUGAAAUUCAAACGUAUGUGAUAAACAGCGCGAGAGUUUUGUUUUUGAAUGAAAGACCUCAGCCGAAGAGCUCGGCUAGUAAAGGAGGCACCCACGUGUGUGAGAUUUGUAGUAGAUGUCUCUUGGAUCCCUUUCGUUUCUGCUCUCUUGGUUGCAAGGUCAAGAACGAGGAUUCAAACUUUUACCCGAACGAGCAGAAACACGAGGAGGUGUCGAGAAGAAGGGAAAGAAUAGGAAGAAGAUUGGGAGAAGAAGAAGAAGAAGAAGAAGAAGAAUUGCGUGUAAGGAGAAACCAAGAAGGUGAAAUAUACCAAAAUCACACGCAUCCUUCACAUUCAAAUUCAAGGAGGAGGAAAGGCAUCCCUCAAAGAGCACCUUUUUAAUCAAGUAAUUAAUUAAUUAAUUAACUUAAUUUCAUUUAAUUAAUUAUAGCAAUUUUUUUUCUUUUUUUUUAAUUAUGGAAAUAAUUCAUUUCCCAUGAUGUUCCCCAUGUAAUUAUUUAUAGAUCUCACCACACCCAAUCAUUUAACAAACCCCACAUUGGGUUUUCUUGUU